UAUACAGUCCCAUCUUCCAUUAACCACAGAUCACAACACUCUCAAGCACAGAGCGUUAAAAAAAACCUAACUAGGAGAAAAUGAGGCAAUUCGAUCCGUGGCCGGUCUUCUUCCGUCGUGAAUGGAGCCGUAACUGGCCAUUCCUCGUCGGCUUCGCCGUCACCGGCGCUAUCAUCACCAAGCUCUCCCUCGGUUUCACUGAGGAGGAUAGGAAGAACUCUAAAUUUGCGAUGAGGCACAAGAAGUAA